UUUUGAUUAAAAAAAAUAAAAAAUUGCCCUUCUUGUAGUUUUUUACAUUUUUUUAAAUUAAAAUUUCAAUACAAACUUUCGCUUUGUGUUCAUUAUUUAACGUAAAUGUGUAUUUUCGUUUAUUUAAACCAUUAAUCGUAACAAUGAAGUCAUUUUUGAUGAAAAAUGGAGUAAUUUCAGCUGUAGGAAUCACUGCGUAUUUAGCCGGAAGAUUCUCCGAGAGAUGGAAAAACUCCGACGAAAGCUUAUCGCUUUUUGAAAACUUACCUGCUUUUCCUCUCGUAGGAACAGUAUCCGCUGCUGUUCCUAUACCAGAAGAGAAAAGUAUCGAACCUUAUGCAAAAAGUGGAGAUAAUGUGGCUGUGAGAUCCGCUCAAAUUAUGAAAUACGGAUUUCCAGGCUUGGAUAAUGUGAGAUCGUUUCACGAUUUUGUUCUAUCUUACGAUCAACGUACUCGUGUUGCUCAUUGGGUGUUUGAGCAUCUGACAAAAGACACCAUUAAAAAAAAUAAAGAUAUUACUAGAACUAAUUGUAAAUUUACUGAAGAUAGAUCAGUUCAUGAAUUUUUUAGAUCGACGAAUCAAGACUACAAAGGCAGCGGUUUCGAUCGAGGCCACCUUGCUGCCGCCGGAAAUCAUCGAAUUAGUCAACAACACGUCGACGAAACGUUUUUCUUGACAAAUAUAGCUCCUCAAGUUGGUCCAGGAUUCAAUCGAGAUACGUGGAAUGAUUUAGAAAAAUAUGUGAGAAAAUUAGCGCGAAUACACAAAAACGUGUUUGUCUGCACCGGGCCUCUUUUUCUUCCCAAAAAAGAAAACGAUGGAAAGGUUUACGUGAAGUAUCAAGUCCUCGGUCAAAAUCAUGUCGCUGUUCCUACACAUUUCUUCAAAAUCGUAGUCAUGGAAAACGAUAAUAACGAAUUGGAAAUGGAAUCGUACGUUUUACCCAACAAGGAGAUCGAGAAUGGCACUCCGCUUCAUGUAUUUCAAGUUCCCCCAGAGACCAUAGAGAGAGCAUCGGGAUUAUUAUUUUUCAAUCGUAUAUCCAGGAAUAAAUUGAAACGAAUUAAUAAUAAAAAAGUUUGAUUCGAAUUCAGAUUUGUGGUUCGUUCAUUCGACUUCGAGCACUUUCAAAGGUUGGGAAAAAUUUGAAAAGUUUGAAAAUGCAUGAAUGGACCUUUUGUUUGAAUUUUAAUUCGAGUCGAGCAGUCAUUAUAGUUUAAAAAAUGUGCAAUUAUAAUACGUUUUAUCAAGGUUUUAGCAAUACUUAAUAAGUUAUAACUUAAUAAGCCCUUGUAUGUGUGUUCGAUAUUUCAUUGAAAUGAAAUUGUGUAUCUUGUUUUA